AUGUGAGUUUUAGUUGUGAGCUGUCCAGCCUACCAGAAGGGACCACACUUCAGUGGGAAAGAGAAGGAGAUCCCACUUCUAACACCACGUUGUUCUACAACAACACUGUCCACAUGGUCAUCCAUAGUGUUGAUCAGAGCAGUAAGGGGAGAUGCAACUGUGCUCUCAGACAGAAUGGAACACUGUUAUAUGGAGUUUAUAAUACCUUGAAUGUUCAGAGAAGCACAUUCAACAUGCCAGUAACUUUGUUCAGAGAGAGCAGCAACAGCAGUGAGGUGGAGAUGAUGUGCAGGUAUUCAUACGGGUACAGAAAAGCCUCCUGGACCAAGGCCUCAUCUCRAGUGGAAGCACCUGCGACUCUGACAUCAGAUAAUAGACUAGAAAUUGACCGGUUCUCAUCUCCCACGUUCAACCAGCAAGAUUUCCCCCUYAGACUUUCACCAGUGGCAUUUGAGGAUGGAGGAGUGUUCAGAUGUCAUUUUAAUAACAACCUUAUGUCUUAUGUUCAACUCACAACCAUUCAAGUCUCUGCAUCUAGAGGGCCCCCUGGUGGCCAGUCGGUGGUGCUGAAGUGUGAGGUGUCGGAGGUGAACGGUGACCCUGUGACCCUGGCCUGGCUGAGGAUGGAGGGGAGGACGGGGCUAGUGGUCAAACAGGACAUCCUUACAGAGAGUCAACCCAACUGGACACUCAGUGUGACCCUGCCCAGCCUCCAUAAGGACCAGCUGGACUGGCAGUGUGUGGUGUUCAGAGAGGACAUGCUCAGAGRGAGUGUUACCCUCAGACUCUGUGAUGCUGGUGGAAGAUCUGGGUUACCAGGCCUAGUGUUACCAUCACCUCUGAAAGGUUACUAAUGACGAUAGUUGAUUAUAGUAGGUCACAGUAGAUCACAUCCUCUGAAUGAAUAGAUUCAGUGAGACAUCAUGAUCAUCAUA